CAAUCUACUCGUUGAUUCUCGACGUAAAUAUAUUAUAAAGUGUUUUUUUGAUCGUAUUCGAAUAGGCGUUAUCCUUGAUGCGAUAGGUUAGGUAUGACGAUAUGACCGAUCCAGAAAUAUUUCGAGUACGUUGAUUGAUCUUCGUGAGUUUUUAUACGUAACGUUAAGAUAACGAGACGAUCGCAUUUCGAAAUUCUAAGGGGAAAGUCGAAGGUCGUUAUCACUCGAACGUGUCGUUCUCGUCCUCGUCGCUCCCGUCAUCGUCGCGCAUCACCGAUUUGAAAGAUCCAACGAUAACGAUUCCAUUUUCGAUCUAUUAUAAACUCAAACGAGCAUACUUUUAUCACCUGAGAAAUAUCGUCUCUUAUGAUAUUGUAAUAUUAAGAUAAUUCAAUGUCCACUUUGUUCGUGAUAACGCGCACCACGUACGACGGUCUUAACUCCACUGUAACGUGUGAUUUUCUGUCAUUGACCAAAAGACCGCCUUCGUUUCGUUAGCGCCACUGGCGCCAUCUUAGAGUACGCGAGAUACGAAAUUCGAUUAUCAUUGGUUGUUCGAUUCGAGCGCAAUGUUUUGUUAACUUCGAUAAAAUCUCGAAUAGAAUUGUUAUUGUUUAAGAACGAAUAUCUAUAACAACACAAUGUUUUCCUAUCUAAUCGUGAUCAGGUUAAGGUACUUGCGUAGAAAUUGUUUUCAUUCUGUCGAUUUUUGUAAUAUUUUCUUAAGUGAUAUUCGUCAUUCGCGAGUGACCGCGUAAACGAGAUGUCGUCGAUAAUACAGUUUUCUACGGAACGAAGUUUACACACGGACAUUGAAUUUCUUCGGACGAAUUUGGUAACACUGUAUUGUUGUAUACUAAAAGCGCGGAAUAGUAGUACGUGAAUGUACUUUGAGAUACUUAUUUAUAAGUAUAUUUUUAAAACUGUGAUUUCUUUUUUUCUCUAUCGACUAAGUUAUUGUAAAUAAUGACCAGUUCGGUUAGUACAAAUCCUUCUACUUUAUUACCUUUAGAAUUGGUGGAUAAAUGUAUUGGAUCGCGAAUACAUAUUAUAAUGAAAAACGAUAAAGAGAUCGUUGGUACUUUGUUAGGAUUUGAUGAUUUUGUAAAUAUGUUGUUGGAGGAUGUGACGGAAAGCGAAGCAACUCCCGAAGGUCGACGAGUUACAAAAUUAGAUCAAAUUCUUUUAAACGGUAGCAACAUUACCAUGCUUGUGCCAGGUGGAGAGAUGCCAGACACAUAAAAUUACGUUUUCUUUUUUCACAUAUUUGAUAUAUAUUAUAUGUAAACACAUUUAUUUAAUAAUGUAUAAAAAUAAGCGACGCGUAUACUCACAAGUAUAGAACAUCAUUUGAUUUAAAUAAAAUCUACUUAUUCAUUAGGA